GUAUAUGACAUUGAACAGUUGGCGCCGAAGACGAUUGCCAGACGGUAUCAUCUGCCGUCCAUUGCAGGAUGAAAUUAAUAUCGAUAGUAUUUUUUCUCGCAGUCAAGUGGAUCGGAGUUUGCUGUUACACUUCAGCGAAAAAUAAUCGGGAUUCAUCAGCGGUGUGCAAGGCUAGGGAAUGCAAAACACUAGGGUAUAUUGUAGCGUCGGGAAUGAACAAAUCGGUAAAUCCAUGCGAUGAUUUUUGGGAAUACACUUGCGGAAAUUGGAUCUCCAGGACGCCCAUUCCAGCUGGUGAAGCCACUUGGAAUCGAUUCGUGUUGCUUUUCAAGCAAGUGAAGGAUAAAACACGUGAGAUUUUGGAGAGCGCUGGGAAGCCCACGGAUUUUGAAAUGAUGGGUAAAGCGAGGCGAUGGUACCGCUCGUGUAUGGAUACAGGUCAGCGAGAAGCAGUCGGGAUCAAACAACUCCGGGAUAUUAUGGAGAAUAUCGGUGGUUGGCCGAUAACAAUGACGGAUCGUCAAUGGGCAGAAACUAAAGUCUCAUGGCAGAAUAUCGAUCUUUAUUACGGAGGAUUAACUGGUCGUCAUACCUUUUAUUCAAUUGAAAGUGGAAAGAAUUACGUUGAUCUACUGCGCUAUAAAAUUAUGGUGACAAAGGCGUCUCUGCCAUUAGCCCACAAAUUACCGAUAGAAAAAAAGAAGUUUGACGAGAAGGACCGAGGUGCGUACACCAAGCUCAUAAAAAAUGUCGCUCAGAGUUUUAUUGACGCGACAAGAUCUCCAAUAAGUGCUAAUAGAAUUUCACAUGAUGUAAACGAAAUAAUCAACUUCGAAGUUAAGUUGAGUAAGAUUCCAUUAGGGAGAUUAUUUCAAUAUCCCAGUAUAGAGUACGUUACGUCCCACUAUAAUUAUUAUUUCGGAGCGAGUGAAACGGCCAAGGUGAAUGUUACUGAUUAUAUUCAACAAAUCUACAAUUUUGGAAACCUCACGAUAGCCUCGAGUGAGAUAAUCAACGUGUACUACGACUACGUUAACGACUUGGGAACACUUUUGAAGGACACACCUAUGCGGACUAUUGUGAAUUAUGUGCAUUGGCAUUUUGUUAGUGAUUUCAUCGAUGCCACUGAUCGAAGGAUGAAUAAUUAUCUUCUGGAAUUCAAAAGGGAGACUUAUGGCAUCAGGGAAAAUCGACCUCUCUUUGUCUCCAGGUGGGAAGAAUGUGUUGGAGCAAUGCAUCUGCAUCACGCGGUGGCUCCAGAGUUCAUUAAAAAAUAUUUUACUAAUCGAGUUAAGGAUGCGGCAGUGAAGAUGAUUACGUCUCUGAAGACAACGAUGGAGCAUGAGAUUCUGGAAGCUAAUUGGAUAGAUGAUUACACGAAGAGAGUCAUCAUUAGGAAAUUGAAGGAUAUAAUUGCGUUAAUUGGGUAUCCAGAGUGGUACAGCGAUGGGGAAUUUAUGGCGACAGCUUAUUGGGACUUGUCGAUAACAUCGAAUUAUUUAGACAACAUAUUCAGCUGGUGGAGGUUCAUAGCUGGGAACAAAGCCAGACAGUUGAGAAGUAAAGACACACGAACCCUGUGGUACGGCGAUCCCGUAACUGUCAAUGCGUUCUAUCGGAUUUUUCUCAACAAUAUUAAUUUGCCAGCGGCAACGUUCCAACUGCCGUUUUUCUCGCCGGAUUUGCCCGACGUCGUUAAUUAUGCUAUACUCGGGUCCAUCGCCGGUCACGAAAUUUCCCAUGCCUUCGAUCCACUGGGUAUUCAGUAUGAUGAAAAUGGCAGGUUCAGAAGAUUGAGCUCGAAUUUUAUGGGAAAUUAUAUUGAAAAUGCCAUGUGUUUUGAUGAUCAAUAUCAAAAAUACGGUAAAAAUGAUAGAAUAGGUGUAACGACUCUUCACGAGAACAUAGCUGACAACCAAGGAGCUCGGGUAUCUUUCGAGGCGUACAAAUCGCUCCCUCAAAGACAACCCACCGAGCAAAAAUUACCUGGACUCGAGGAUUACUCAACCGAGCAAUCAUUUUUCAUUCUCUUCUCCAGUAUAUGGUGCAGCAAAGCUACCCCAGAAUUUAUAUCAAAAAAGGCGAUGGAUGAGGAAGAUCAUCACAGUGUCCACCGUUUACGGGUCAUCGGUACCCUAUCAAACAUGGAAGAUUUUGCGAAAGCCUUCAACUGUCCAAAGGGAUCACCCAUGAAUCCCCAGAGCAAAUGCAAUCUUUGGACGAGAAAAGCACGAGCGAAUCACGACUUAGCGAGACGAAUGUGGGGUAAUUCUGGUUGAUUGAGGCGAGUGAUAACACUGCACUGCGUUUUAUUUACAUUAUUUCUCCCUUUUAAAAUAAGCGUUUUUAAAAUAGGCCACUUAUUGUAAAUCACGUCACUGCCUCUUCCCAGUUGCCAAAACCAGAUGGAAGAAACCAUUUGAGAGCACACGAAUGUAACAAUCCCGAGGAAAAAUUACAUCUCUCAAUCACGAAUGAACUUAUCUGUAUUGAAUUGCCUGAGAUACGAAAACUCCAGGUUUCACCUGGUUGUACAUUACUCUCCAUCACGCGCAUUGAAUUUUCUCUUUUCUUUUGUACUUCUGUCUCAUCGAUACGCGUGCACUUUGGACAAUGAAACAGUAAAUCACUCUAUCCCGCUCUCAUUGCGCACCGAGAGGUACCCAAACCCCAGCAAAAAGUGUUAACUUUAAUUCCCCGAGAAUAAAAACACACGAUUGAAGAGAGCAAAUUGUGAAUGAACACGAAUCAGUAAUAGAAUCACUUCAUCGCUCCCAUAAAAUAAUAUUUUCACCAAAACUCGUCGAUAUUAAAUUAUAACAGAAAACUCCCAUGCAUUGAAUUUUGACUAGUCCCCUCCUAGAGCUCACUCUACUCCUGGUGGUAUAUAUCGUUGUCUCUGGAGGAUGGGAUAGAUAAUUUGAAGGCAAACCAAAGUGAACGAGAAACGUUGAAAUUCCGUUCGAAAGGCAAUUCCAUUUGGUACGAGUAGAAACGCUCCCUUGAUACGCAGAUGGGUAGUGAUCUCGAGAAUGGCUUGCCAGACCUGCUCGACUCAACGAUCAUGAGAGAAAUUUUUAGCCGAGUUAAAUGUCGAAGUGAAAAUUUUGUGUAUUUUCGAUUCUCUGUGAAAAUUUAUGAAGAAAACAGUGUGCUUUUUCGUGGAUAACACGAGAUAUUUAUAAAAAAUUCAACAAUC